CCCGGGUCGGCUGUACAAAUAUGAUGAAAUGGCAGCCCCGGAAGAAGGCAUACUUCCGACAGGGUGUUGCCCUCCAGUACCUUGGACGUCACGCGGACGCCCUGGCAGCCUUUGCAUCUGGGCUGGCUCAAGAUCCCAAAAGUCUCCAGCUCCUGGUGGGAAUGGUGGAAGCUGCCAUGAAGUCUCCCAUGAGAGACACCCUGGAGCCCACUUACCAGCAGCUUCAGAAAAUGAAACUGGACAAGAGUCCCUUUGUGGUCGUGUCUGUGGUUGGGCAGGAACUCCUGACAGCCGGACACCACGGGGCCUCCGUGGUUGUCUUAGAAGCUGCUCUGAAGAUUGGCACGUGCAGCCUCAAACUGAGAGGGUCUGUGUUCUCCGCCCUGAGCAGUGCACACUGGUCUCUCGGGAACACAGAGAAGAGCACUGGGUACAUGCAGCAAGACUUGGACGUAGCCAAGACCUUAGGUGACCAGACCGGAGAAUGCCGAGCUCAUGGGAACCUAGGCUCUGCAUUCUUUUCCAAGGGGAAUUACCGAGAGGCCCUCACAAACCACAGGCAUCAGCUGGUGCUCGCCAUGAAGCUCAAGGACCGGGAGGCAGCGUCGUCAGCCCUGAGCAGCCUGGGCCACGUGUACACGGCCAUCGGGGACUAUCCCAAUGCUCUGGCCAGCCACAAACAGUGCGUCCUUCUCGCCAAGCAGUCCAAAGAUGACCUUUCUGAAGCCCGAGAACUCGGGAACAUGGGUGCCGUGUACAUCGCCAUGGGCGACUUUGAGAAUGCUGUGCAGUGCCACGAACAGCACCUGCGGAUAGCCAAGGACCUGGGGAGCAAGCGCGAGGAGGCUCGUGCCUACAGCAACCUGGGCAGCGCCUACCACUACCGGAGGAACUUUGACAAGGCCAUGUCCUACCACAACUGUGUGCUGGAGCUGGCGCAGGAGCUGAUGGAGAAGCCCAUUGAGAUGCGAGCCUACGCCGGCUUGGGCCACGCAGCCAGGUGCAUGCAGGACCUGGAGAGGGCAAAACAGUACCAUGAGCAGCAGCUAGGUAUCGCAGAGGACCUCAAGGACCGGGCGGCGGAGGGCCGAGCAUCCUCCAAUCUGGGGAUCAUCCACCAGAUGAAAGGCGAUUACGACACAGCCCUGAAGCUCCACAAGACCCAUCUGUGCAUCGCCCAAGAGCUGAGCGACUAUGCAGCCCAAGGCCGCGCCUACGGAAAUAUGGGCAAUGCCUACAACGCCCUGGGCAUGUACGACCAGGCUGUCAAGUACCACCGUCAAGAGCUGCAGAUCUCCAUGGAAGUGAACGACCGUGCCUCUCAGGCAUCGACUCAUGGGAACCUGGCCGUCGCCUACCAGGCCCUGGGAGCCCAUGACCGGGCGCUGCAGCACUACCAGAACCACCUGAACAUCGCACGGGAGCUGAGAGACAUCCAGAGCGAGGCCCGGGCUCUCAUACCUCCGCCUCGCUCCUGA